ACGGUGAUGGACGCCCACACGUACAACAUGAACAUGACGACGGCCAACCUCGAGGGCGGGGCCCCUGAUUACACGCUGAGGUAUGAGGCACAGGACAGCUACGGCGUGAGCUCCCUCACUCCGGCUAGCCUCGACGGCCUCGUCACCGCUAUGGCCUCCGACGACGCUCUCUUCCGCGCCUUCCUCAGGAACGUGAACAAUUACUGGGACGAGCCAACGGAGAUGUGGAUAUGCGACACGGAGUGCCGUAAGAUCCAGCUGUGCGGCCUCGUUCGGGGCGACUCCUCCAACGACGAGCCAUGCCAGAGGAUCCAGGACAUCGUCGACGGGGCGGCAGAGUCGGCGGGCCGGAGGAAGGAGGGAGUUACUUCGGGAAUUCUCCAAUUUUUCUCUUCUUUUUAUGAGAUCUUUUAAUAAAGUUAAUUGGAUAUUUACCAUGAAAACAGAA